AUGUCACAGAAUGACGAUGCAAUCGCGGCCAUUACGGCUUCAUGUGCCACCAUCUCCGCUCUAGACUUCCUGGACCCAGGAAUCUUCACCAAUGCCAUAAUCUCUAAACCAGAGGUAACUUCGCUCAUCCGUGACGCCUUGCCGCCGGAACUGAGUCUCUACCGCAUAAGUCGGAGUGGUCCAAGAGGGACGCGAUUCGGUGGAUCUGCAGACGAAGACAGAUACGCUGAACUUCGACCUGAACGAAUCGAUGGUAAAUCCAUCUACAUUGAUGGACCUAACUCACAAGAUCAGGCACCUGCUGUGCGUGUGCCCGAGUUGGCAAUAGAUGUACCGCAUCAAGCUGUCGACGAGCUCUCUUCUCCCACGAAGAAACGUAUAGCCAGCCUGUACAAGUUGAUCCCCGCAUCAGUGAUUGAAAGCGAGGACGUAAACGAGAUCUGUCGGGCUGUAGCCGCCGUGGUGGAGCAGUAUCCUACGAUUAACAACGGAAGUAGUGUUCAAGCUCGGUUGGCAGAGUUGCAGAGGGAGUAUGGAGAGCUUGUGCUGCAAACCACUGAGCUAGAACAAAAGGUAUCGGACCAGCGAGUGCAAUUAGAGAUUUACACAGACAGCAUCAAUGGGCUGCCAAGGCGAGGAGUCUCGGACCGCGACACGGAUAUUGAUGAGUUGAUUGCUCAAGAAGAGCGGGAGAUUGCCGAAUUGGAGGCCGAACUCACCGAGAGACAACGAUAG